UCCUCAAGAUGCUACCCCUACAGAUUCAGCAAGUUCCAAAAACAAGUCAACCUCCAAAAAUUCUGCAAGUCCUCAAGAUGCUACCCCUACAGAUUCAGCAAGUUCCAAAAACAAGUCAACCUCCAAAAAUUCAGAAAGUCCUCAAAUUCCAGCUCCUACAGAUUCUCAAGGUUCUAUCCCUACAAAUUUAGCAAGUUCCAAAAACAAAUCCUCCAAAAAUUCAACAAGUCCUCAAGAUCCAGCCCCCACAGGCUCUCAAGAUCCAACCUCCACAGAUUCAGUAAAUUCUCAGGAUCAAACCCACACAGAUAUUGCAGAUUCUUCACCAUCAACUCCCCCAAUUUCCACGGAUUCAUCACUAAAUUCCAACGAUCAUUUAUCAAGUCCCACAGAUAGUCCACCAACUUCUAUUCCUACGGACUCACCAUCAAGUAAUGCAGAUCCUCCAAUGGGACCCACAGGUUCUAUUCCUAUGGACCCAGCAAGUCCAACUGGAGGCCCACAAAUUAAUCAGCUAGGUCCAACUGGAGGCCCACAAAAUCAACCAAAUCCAACUGGAGGCCCACAAAAUCAACCAAAUCCAACUGGAGGCCCACAAAAUCAACAAAGUCCAACUGGAGGCCCACAAAAUCAACCAAAUCCAACUGGAGGCCCACAAAACCAACCAAAUCCAACUGGAGGCCCACAAAAUCAUCCAAAUCCAACUGGAGGCCCGCAAAAUCAACCAAAUCCAACUGGAGGCCCACAAAAUCAACCAAGUCCUACAGAUAAAUUUUCAAAUCAAAGUCCCACGGGUCAAAAUUCCAACUCAGGUCCCACGGAUAAAAUUUCAGACUCGAGUCCCACGAAUCAAGCUUCUAACCAAGGUCCCACGAAUAAAAUUUCAAACACAAAUCCCACAGGUUAUAAUAUUGUUUCUAACCCAAGUUCAACAGAUCCUCCAAGUCCCACAGAUCCAAGUUCUAAAUCUAGCGCUGCUCCAGAUAAAUCCAUUAAUGACGCAACAUCUACUCAAUCAAGUCUCACAGAUCCAAGUUCUAAAUAUAACGCUGCUCCAAAUAAAGAAUCCAUUAGUGGCGCAACAUAUACUGCAUCUACUACCAUAUAUACAUAUACUCCUUUUAAUCCCACUGCAGUUAUUAAGUUGCCCUUGAGAACAAAUACCCGGAAAAGUAAUGAUGCAAUGCCCACGAAUGAUCCUUCUAAUUAUCCUUCUAAGAUUGUAACUCCUGAUUCAGCUAAAGCCGCUCCACAGGAUUCUUCUAAAUUAUUCCUGACAUUGUCACCAGCUCUUUCAUGGGAAUCAGUAGUAAGAGAUACAACCAUUCCUGCCGCUAUGACAGUUCAAUUGACACAGGAUAUCGCAAAGGCACUUGGAUGCUCACCUGAUGAUGUAAAAAUUUUGAGCUUAGAACGUGGAGUUGAUGAUAAUUGUAUAGUGAAUAUUGCAAUUCCCUCGAAAUAUACUGGUAAUUUACAAGAUCUUGUUAGUAAUAAAGAUAGUAGCUUAUAUCAACAGGGAUCUGAAUUUGCUAAACUAGUAGAUAGUGUAGAAGAUAAUAGUGAGAAUCCCAAUGGUACUGAUAAUGGUAAUAACGCGCAAUCCCAAUAUAUCACCAGCGCAGGGGGAUUAAGUUCUAAAUCAGCAUUAGUUAUAGUUGCAGUUUUUGGGUCUGCAUUUUUAUAUGUAGGAGCAACAAUACUGGCAGUUCGAGCUUAUAAAAAACGCAAAGCACGUUCUGAAGCCAAUACAAUGGAUGUAUAA